AUGCUGAACACGUUGCGCGGGUUCACCCACAGGUGGAGCCGCAGCAGCCUGGAGGCCGCGGGCAGCGGCGCCCUCGGCGCCACCGCGCUCAACAGCGCGGCCGCUGGCUACGCGGCGCCGGUCGCGGCGCCGCUGGGCGAGGAGGAGGAGCUCUGCCCCGCCGCGCCCACUGCGGCGGCCUCCGAGCUCGCGGCCCGUGGCGAGCGGCCCCGAGGCGCCGACGCCGGCGACAGCUGCGGCCAGGGCGAGCACGUCACGCGGGAGUGGAGCUCCGAGGACCGCCAGAGGCUGGUCGAGAGGCUGGAGGUGCUCGCCCUGCCCGGCGAGCGGCCGAUCCUCAAGUUCCUCGCUGAUGCCAUCUGGGUGACGCCGCUACCAGUUCCGUGGGUCAUGCAGAGGUCGACGGAUGGCGAGGUGUUCUUUGCCAACCAGGCCACCCGCGAGACGACGUGGAGGCACCCGCUCGAGGAGGCCAUGCGGGAGCUCGUGGACGCGUGCCGUGUGGUCUUGAGAUUAUCUUCUCCCGACACGCGGCGGCAGGCGCUGGAGACCAUGCAGAGGAGGCGGCCCGCGGUACCUCGAAAAGGCGAGCUGGCCAAGUGGUACGAGGUCAAGAGCUCGAGCGGCCGGCCGUACUACGCGCACAGGGAGACCGGCCAGACUGCCUGGGAGCACCCCUCGCGCGUGCGGCUGCCGGCGCACUUCCUGAAGACGGUGCAGGUCGAGAGGCUGAAGGACGACAACUACGUGCAAUCAAUCGGGUGCAUCGACCAGGAGAAGGUCGCGCGCGGGCGUGCCAAGCUGCGGGCCACCGUGCACGCGGCGCAGGCCUUCUCCAUCACCAGCGGCGAGCUGCUGCAACUGCGCCAAAGGCAGCUGCACCAGAGCGCUCCCACGAGCCCGAUGGAACUCAGCCCAGCGUCAGGAAGGUUUCGCCGUCGAAUCUCGACUGGCUCGCUGGUUCACGGCCGAUUGUCAGAUGCAUCGAUGAGGAGAAGUUGGACAGACGUAACGAUCAUCCCCGAGGACGCGGUUGUGAAAGGCAGCUCAACGCCGCGCAGCAUGGAAGCCACGACAGCUACCACCUCGCUACGCAGCCACGGCUUGGAGCACCAGCAGCAUCAGCAGUUGCAGUGGCAGGCAGCAGCGGCGGCCCGGCAUUGGCCGAGCAGCUCGGGGACCACGAUCGUGGCCGCACCCCAGCAGUGCCCAGACGACCACGGCCCCGCAGAGCGGAGGGUGCCGCCUGGGGAAGCCGAGGAGCCCACCCCGAGCGACGCGGCACCACCUGCAGCGGAGCAGCACCUGCAGCCACAGCCGGGAGGCGGACGGGGGUGUCGCCCCAGGCGUGGCGGCAGCCGCCAAGAAGCCUGGCGAACCCCAGCGCUUGGAGCCCAACCACCGCUGGGAGCAGCACGCCGUGGCCGCGCAGGACUGGGCAGCGCGGGACACCUGGCAGCCACCGCUCCAGCAGCACCACGAGGUGCAGCAGCAGCCGCGCCCCCAGCAGCAGCAGCAGCAGCAGCAGCAGCAGCAGCAGCAGCAGCAGCAGCGUCGGGAGCCGCGGCUGCCGGACUGCACCGUCCGCCCCACCUCCACGGCCGGGCGGUGCCCGCAGGGCGCGCCGGCCGUGAGGGCUGCACUCAUCGACGACGUGGUCGAGACCAUCUUGGUGGAGCGCUGGCCUGCCGAGGACGACGAGCCCGCGUCGGACGUGCCGGUGUCGCCGGCAGCGGCGCUGCCGGCAGCGGUGCUGGCGGCAGAGCUGAUGGCGGCGGCGGAGGCUAA